CGAAUAAAAACUCGCCGCGAUGGUAAUAUUGGACACGUUGUGAGCUAGGGUUAAAUAUUUAUCUCCUUCGUUAACGGGUAUCGCGAAUUCUUCGAUUUUGAAUGUAUGUACAUAUCUCAGAGCAACGAACUCGCGUACCGGCUGAAAUCUCUAGAGCGCGGUUGUAGUCGUUUGUUAAUUCUUUUGACAGACGCGUUGAAAUUGUUGUUGCUACGUGGUUAGUCCAACGGAAUAGCUUUAUCGGUUACGCGGUAAAAAUAGAUGCUUUAUAAAGAAAAAGGGUGAAAAAGGAAAAUAUCCUCGCAAGUAUCGUAGGAUUUUUUUCUGCAUCCUCCAAUCGUUAUUGAAGGAACCGUUAGAAGUUUCCGUUGUGUGCGCAUUUGAACGAUCUAGUUAUACAUUUGUCAUCUGCGUGCGGGAACCACUCCCGAUUGGUGUUACGGUGUUCCCACGAUAUUCGUUGCUGACUAAGGAGAAGAUAACAAUAUGGCUGUUAAUGUAUAUGCUACAAAUGUGACAACCGAAAACUUGAGCCGGCAUGAUAUGCUGGCUUGGGUGAAUGACUGUCUGCAAUCGUCUUUUACCAAAAUUGAAGAACUAUGUACCGGAGCUGUUUAUUGUCAGUUUAUGGAUAUGCUCUUUCCUGGAAGUGUACCAUUGAAGAGGGUAAAAUUCAAGACCAACCUCGAGCAUGAAUAUAUACAGAAUUUUAAAAUCUUACAAGGUGGUUUUAAAAAGAUGAAUGUAGAUAAGGUAAUACCAGUGGACAAAUUAGUAAAAGGCCGCUUUCAAGACAAUUUUGAGUUUUUACAAUGGUUCAAAAAAUUCUUUGACGCAAAUUACGAUGGCCGCGAGUACGAUGCUUACGAGGCUCGUGGCUGUGUACCAUUGGGUUCUGGUGUUGAUGGGACGCAUAACUUGUCAAAUCCCCAGUUGGUACCUUUACCUCCUCAAUCAAAGCAGAUGCAAAUGCAACAAAAGCAUAUUCAACAACGUAAUAUUGUCCCUCGCCAACAGCAGGGUAUAGCAACAUCGUUUAACAAAGCACCAGCCCAUCGUCCACAAGUAAAAACGGGAGGCAUUGGAAAUCGUGGGGAUCCUGGUAAAGUCGAGGAACUCAGUGCACAGUUGAUGGAAUUGAAAAUGUCCCUGGAAGGACUGGAGAAGGAAAGAGAUUUCUAUUUCGGAAAAUUACGCGAUAUUGAAGUUAUGUGCCAAGAUUGUGAUAACAAUGGAGAUCCACCACCAAUAGUACAGAAAAUCUUGGAAGUCCUUUACGCAACGGAGGAAGGAUUUGCACCACCCGAAGAAUUAGAAGGGGACGGACUCGCGCCAGACGAAGAGGAAGAAUACUAACUUCAACCUUUUGUACAAUCAUUAAAACGAAAAAACCACAGCAAAUUGUCCAAGUGCGUUUCAGUUUAUUAUGUUUGCGAGCCAGUAUAUACUGGGAUAAUUAAUAAACUACAGUAUCAGUUGCAUAAUUAAUAAACCUACUUUGUAUAGCUAUUUAAGCAUUUGCGCCUUCAUUUUUGUUACAAAGUUUUCACCGAGGUUCGCACGUGAUUAGGAUAGAAAAAUAUCAGGAAAUAAUGCACUUGAAUAACUUGUAUCCUAUUGACAGGUAAUUAUUAUUAAGAAAGGAACAAAGUUAGCAGUCAUAGGUCUUUAUCGUAAUGCGAAAUAACGGUAGAGUUCUGAACAUCGACAAGUCAUUAAAACUACGAAGAUUAUAAGAAAUGAAAUGUUUGGACGGUACUCUGAGUCCAUUUUGUUAUACAGUGAAGUUAUGUUAACUAUGUUUCAUUAAUGUGUGAAUGUUUUUUCGUUUGUAAAUGCACUGGUUUUAUUACCGAUGUUUUCGGUUUGUCCUUUCGUACCUCGUUGUAGUUUUCUCGAAAAUUGUAGACAUGUUAAAUCCAAUGUAUUUUAAUUCACUUAUCUUGUGCAAUCGUGCAACAAAGUGAAUGAUUACGACCGAUUAUUUGUCACAAAAUGUACUGAUUUUUCCUGUUGCAGAACGAUAAUGUAUGCCAAGUUUAUCUUAAUGCGCAAUUAAAUUGAAUUUUACAAGUUUUAUAUUCACCUUAUUUUUGUUUCUCUUAAUUUUAGACUUUGCGUGAGAACACAUUUUGUCGCAUAAUUGUACAUUUGUAGGAUGCGAUUGUGGUUUUCAAAUUGAAUCAAGCGGCGAUACGCGUACGUGUUUCAAAAAAAUUAUUAUUCGACGAGUAAUCGCUUCUGUUCCCAUAAUUGAAUGAAUUCUGGAGAUGCGAAAGAUUGCUAGAUUUGAUUCAUUGAAACACGCUGUUCGUUUUAAGAAUAUCUUCGCAUCUUCACGAUCCGUCUUUCAGAAUAAGAAUGGCCUUAACGCAGCGAUGAACUUGAGACGAGAAAAACAGAGGAAUACUCGAAUUAUUUAGUGAACCAAAACGCAAACUGUAUUUCCAACAUGUUUGUUAAUCGCCUUUCGAGCAAAAGCGAUGCAACGCGAAAGAUAAGUGAAAAAAAGGAGAAAAUUUGUAAAAUUGUAUGGACGAGAAUGAGUGAGAGACAACGAAUGAAAGAUCUAACACGUAAGCAAUAAUUGUACGAUUAUAAUUUGCUACGUGUCUAUGAUGAAUAUGCGUGUUCUCUGAAGUAAUCGGUUCUCAAUCAUGAAUAAAUUAUACAUAAAUCUUUUUUUCUCUUUAGAUUCUUAAGAGUAAAUAGAAUAUGAAUAUUAAGGCAACGAUUAUCGUUAUUAUUGUUUUACUAGGAUCGCGUUACGUGUAAGCAACUUUCAAAGAUAGAGAUACAACGCGUUCUAAACUGCGCUAUGUUCAUUGCUCUAUAUGUGCGUAUACAAAUGCGUUUCCUCGCGCGAAUGUGCUUCAAAAUUGAAAUUCUAAUGAUGAGGUAAUAAACGUUUAAUAGGAUAUUCAA